AUGGACACCCAAGUCGACGACGUGGAUCAAGCGAAACCUUGGACACCCCUGCGACCAUCCGCUCCCGUCUUCACGCCGCGGACACCUCUUCGAGCAUGCGCUCCUGCCUUCACGCCGAGGACACCCCUCCGAGCAUGCGCUCCGGCCUUCACGCCGGCGGCCGCCACUAAGGAAGGAGAGAAGGGAUUCAGGCCGAAGGUGGCCCUUCGUGGAAGCGCGACGGAUUUCGCGCACGCGGCCACCGGCGUGGGGCCUCGUCAGCCGCCGAAGGCCGAGCUACCGGCGAUGGUCGUAGAUGGAGGUGUCCCUCCGCUCCACGUCUCCACGCCCUCACCGAUGCCGACGCCGGUGCCACUGCCGCCGGGCGUUGGAUCACCACGACCACCCCCGCCGCAGCACGUGGACGACUUCAGCAUCGCCCCCGCCACGAAGCCCUCGGCCGCCGCCGUUGCCUCCGGUCAGACCGCCGCACUCGCCGCCCCUCCCUCCGGAAUGGGCCACUACACCGGUCUUCGAGGCGACGGCAACAACCUGUCGAGCCCUCACAGCGACAGUGACCAAGAGCCUGUCAGCGAAGGGGGGUUGGCGAUGUACGGUGGGGACGACGGGCGGUUCGGGUUCAUCACCGAGCUUGCCAGUGCGGGCGGGCGAAUGUCCACCUUUGGCCGACGGCUGGGGCAGGGGGGGUGUGCCGUGGUGGCCAGGCUCGAGAUGCUCAACGCCGAACACCAGAGCCGUGUGGACGAGUACACGGGAGACGCGGGGCUCGUGGUGAAGAUUGUCCCCAUGGACGGCGGUCGUGCCAUGGAGAUGGCGAUGGAGAGGGAGAUUCGAGUGGUGAAGAUGAUCCCUCCGCGAUGCCACGUGAACGUCAUCGACAUCAUGUCCACGAGCAUGGAGAACCUGUGCAUGGUUAUGCCGGCCGCGUUCUGCGACGUCCAGCACCUGCUCGAGGACAAGGCGGUGCUCGAGAUGAUGUCAUUCGCCGACAGGAUGAUGAUGAUGGCAGGGGCGGCUCGCGGGUUGGACUACCUCCACUCUGAGCUGGGCCUGACGCACGGUGACGUCAAGCCGGAAAACUGCCUCUUGACGAAGGGGUUGGUCAUCAAGCUCGCCGACUUCGGGUUGAGCGGCUCGAGCGGAGAGCCCAUCUGUGAGCUCUCCAAGCAGUACGCCGCGCCGGAGGCCGUUGCGGUGUUCUUGCGCCGAGAGAUUCCUCAGAGGGCGAUGCUGCAGCCCUCCCUCGACACCUUCUCGUUGGGAGUGAUGAUGCUUCAGGUCCUCUUCGUCGAGGAGGGGUCGCGGUUCAGUGGCAAGGCUCUGGCUACGCAUGGCUUCACCCCCAAGCACCCGAGCUUCCACUCAGCCGUCCAGAACGCCGCCUACCUGAAGCAGAAGUUCGAAGCAACGGGAACUGGUAUCGACAAGGAGCGGUUCGAGGAUGCUAGCACCGUCGUGCUCGACCUGCACGUGAACUACGCAGCUCAGCCCGCCAAGAUGGGAGACCUCCGCAGGACCAUCCUGAACCCGAGCAAGUGGAACCAGUCGGGGGAACUGCUCUUCCAGGAAGAGGUCACACAAGCGUUCCUGUCGCUGCUGAAUGCGAACCCGCUAAGGCGCCCGAGUCUCGACACCGUGUCCCGGCUCCUCGCAUGCCCGCUCCUGUGGUCGCCUCUGGUGCAACGCGGGGGCGCGGGCGGCGCAAGAAUCAACGACGGCAACGAUGUUUUCCGCCCCCACCUGCCCCAAGAUGUGCGGGAAAUGAUCGACACGACCAUCCGCGAUGGCCUCCUGGCAGACCCGGCACUCAACACAGCUAGAGGGGUGUGGUGGGAGGCGCCGGAGUUCUUGUCGCCGUGGUGGAAGCGACCUCCGAUAAUAAUGUGCAUCGAGCCAUGA